CUCUGAGACACAAACACGAGGAUCAAGUGAGACAGAAGAGAUAGACGUGAAGACAGUGAGUGUGUGCGUGUCUCUGUCACACACUGUGGAUUAAAGCAGAUUAUCCAGAAGCACGACCAGGACCAGGACCAGGACCAGGACCAGAAUUUGCCUGCGCAAUUUAUAUUAUACAUGAACAUUUUUAAGGACUGGAGUCUCCUGCUAAUCAGCUGAUCAUGGAGGCACAGUCGUCGUAGAUCAGAGUCCAGCACUGACAUAAGAAAAGUGUCAACAGAAACCAGACAUCGGAGGAGGAGGAGACCAGGACACUGGUCACCACCGGUGCAGAUGGGUGAGACGGAGGAUGAGCGGACAGCUCAGGCCAGCCAGCUGUUUGAAAAUUUUGUCCAGGCGUCCACCUGCAAAGGGACGCUGCAGGCCUUCAGCAUCCUCUGCAGGCAGCUGGAGCUGGACCCACUGGACUACAGCAACUUCUACAGCUCGCUGAAGGCGGCGGUCAGCUCAUGGAAGGUCAAGGCUCUGUGGACCAAACUGGACAAGAGGGCCCAGCACAAGGCCUACAGCCAGAAUAAAGCCUGCCAGGGCACCAGGUGUCUGAUCAUCGGCAGUGGCCCAUGUGGUCUGCGGACAGCCAUCGAGCUGGCUCUGCUGGGCUGCAAGGUGGUGGUGAUUGAAAAGCGGGACACCUUCUCCAGGAACAACGUGCUCCACCUGUGGCCCUUCACCAUUCACGACCUCAGGGGCCUCGGAGCCAAGAAGUUCUAUGGCAAGUUCUGCGCCGGCUCCAUCGACCACAUCAGUAUCCGUCAGCUCCAGCUGAUGCUGUUGAAAGUGAGCCUGAUUCUGGGAGUGGAGAUUCACGUCAACGUGGAGUUUGUCAAACUUCUGGAGCCUCCAGCGGAGCAGACUGAUGACAGCCCCGGAUGGCGGGCAGAGGUGCAGCCGUCCACGCAUCCCGUCUCAGACUUUGACCUUGACGUCGUGAUCGGAGCCGACGGACGCAAAACCACGCUAGAAGGUUUCAGUCGUAAAGAGUUCCGAGGGAAGUUGGCCAUCGCCAUCACGGCCAACUUCAUCAACAGAAACACCACAGCAGAGGCCAGAGUGGAAGAAAUCAGCGGCGUGGCCUUCAUCUUUAACCAGAAGUUCUUUCUGGAACUCAAGGAUGAGACCGGGAUCGACUUGGAGAACAUAGUUUACUACCGAGACAACACUCACUACUUUGUGAUGACGGCAAAGAAGCAGAGUCUGCUGGACAAAGGCGUCAUCAUUAACGACUACAUAGAAACCGAGCGACUGCUCAGUUAUGACAACGUCGACCAGGAGGCGCUGCUCUCUUACGCCCGUGAAGCCGCUGACUUUGGCACAAAUUACCAGCUGCCGUCACUGGACUUCGCCAUCAACCACUACGGACAUCCAGACGUGGCCAUGUUUGACUUCACCUGCAUGUACGCGUCAGAGAAUGCGGCGUUGGUCCGGGAGAAACAUGGACACCAGCUUGUCGUCGCUCUGGUGGGGGACAGUCUACUCGAGCCCUUCUGGCCGAUGGGUACGGGUUGUGCUCGGGGUUUCCUGGCAGCCUUCGACACAGCAUGGAUGGUGCGAGGUUGGGCACAAGGAAGAAGCCCUCUGGAGAUACUGGCUGAGAGGGAGAGUAUUUACCGACUGCUGCCUCAGACCACCACAGAGAACAUCAGUAAAAACUUUGACCAGUACACCAUCGACCCUGCCACCCGCUACCCCAACCUCAACUCCAGCUGUGUUCGCCCACACCAGGUUCGUCACCUGUUUUUCGACGGGCAUCAGGAUUCAUUUAAGCUGGAAAGGGGAGGGCCCACACAUCGAUCAGUCAACCUGUCCAGGAAAGAGUCCGAGGUGCGUCCCAGCCGCCUGCUGACCUGGUGUCAGAAACACACUCAAGGCUACAGAGGCGUCGACAUCACCAACCUCACGUCUUCGUGGAGGAGUGGCCUCGCUCUCUGCGCUCUCAUUCAUCGCCAGAGGCCCGAACUCGUUGAUUAUGAAUCUCUUAACGAGGAGGACGUGGCCGGGAACAACCAGCUGGCUUUUGACGUGGCCGAGCGAGAGUUCGGCAUCCAGCCUGUGACCACGGGAAAGGAGAUGGCUGCGGAGGCUGAACCAGAUAAGCUGCUGAUGGUCCUCUACCUGUCCAGGUUCUAUGAGGCCUUCAGGAAUUCACCAGUAAACAACGGUACAAGAGAACCAGAUGAAAACACAGAAGAUUAUUCAUCUAAACCGAACCAAAAAUCACUGAACCAGCCUGUGCCCAGGAAGCGGAUUCCGCGGGAAGACAAAACGGCGGACGACGACUCCAACAAGAGACGGCGAAAAGGCAACCACUACCUCACAGAGUUGUCCUGUCACAGUGCGCUCCCUGCUGGUGAGGAUGGGGAACUGCGGGAGAAUAAGGUCCGCUCCAUGGCAACGCAGCUGCUCGCCAAAUUUGAGGAGAACUCGUCGACUGCGAAGACGCACAGCAAGGACCCUUGUGAUCCGUCCUCUCCUCCACUAUCUCCUUCCACCUCGCCACUUCCUCUCUCAGACUACGAGGAUGAGGAGGAGGUUGAGGAAGAAAAGGAGGAGACGGACAACCCUCGUUUUGCAAAACCCAAAGACACGUCCCCUCCUCUUCCUCCUCCUCUGACUCCUGCCCGCCCCAAGUGGCAGCCGUCCAUCUACCUUCGCCUUCUGGAGAAUCAACAAACCCCUUCAACCUUCAGUUCUCCUAAACCCUCUCUUUCUCCAGCGACCUCCUACAGCCGCUCUCCUUCCCCCUCCUGCUUGAGUCCUCCGCGCUCGCCCAGCCCUAACCUUGCCUACCGUUAUUACCCAGAAUGCACCUCACUCGACCUCUCAAACGGUCACUUUUCUUCGUCUGCUCUGUCGUGCGAUGAUCUUCCCGCUGACUGCUCGUUACAGCAGAGUAAAACCCUGAAACCUUCUGCUAGAGAUUUCUCUAGGAAGAGCAUAAAGGAGAGAGCCGACCUCCUCUCCUCCAUGUUUCCUGGCUCCAGCAAACCUUCUCCUCUUUCUUCUUCUUCUUCUCAGUCUCAGGUGGAAGUAUCUACCUUCUCCCUUCUUUCUCCAUCACCUCCUCCUCGUCUUCCUGCCUCUGUCUCUAAGAGCCCCUCCAUCUACCCUGUGGUCCACCCAGUCCCUGACCCCACUGCCACUGCUGGCUUCUCCUCUCUCUCCUCUCCCUCACACACUUCAGGACACGAGGACAAGAUCCAGAAAGACUCUCCCACUCUCUCAUCUUACACUGACUCUCAUCCAACAGAGCAAAUACGCUCUCUUAAUAUUUACGCCUCGUCCACGUCCCACAACAAAACAUCGACUCCUCUUUCCGUCAGUAGCUCGUCUUUACGGCACGAGCGCGAGACGAAACACGAGAGCUCUCGAGCUGAUCGUGGACAAGCUGAGCGGGAAAAGGUCCACGAAACCGUCCCGAAGACAUUCGAUGAUAAUGAUGGGAAACUAUCUGAACCCGAUCACUUAAAGUCUAACGGGAUCUGCGUUCUUGAAAACACCAGAAGAAUGACUCAGAAGUCACUGGUUCGUUCUGAGAGUUGUCCCACUGGAGCUCCUAGAUACGUUAAAGAGCGCACGGUCGGAAAAGUAUCAUCAACCAUAGGUGCUAAAGCUCAGUUACUGGCCAUCCUCUAUGAGACUGACCACAGGCCCCAUAGUACUGCGUGUGUGGUACGUAAGGACUUCUCUGCCGGGCUCGGCGGCAGCGACAUCUGCCACUUCUGCACCAAGCGGGUUUACGUGAUGGAGCGACUGAGUGCCGAGGGCUACUUCUUCCACCGCGAGUGUUUCCGCUGCGACGUCUGUAACUGCACCCUCCGUCUGGGAGGACACACCUUCGACUCUCAGGAGGCAAAGUUCUACUGUAAGGUGCAUUACGCCCAGCGUCAAUCCAGUUUCCGCCCGGGCAGGUUCAGAGGGAAAAUGGGUGACCAAAUCCACACCACACCCUUGUCACUGGACAGCGGGAGCUUCUCGGCGACAGGCGGCGUCCAGACCCGCUCUUCAGGUGUGGCUCCAGGUUUGCUUCCACAGCAACUCGAGCAAGACUCGGAGAUGCACGCCGAGGAUCCGGGUGAGGACACAACAGCGUCAGGUGGCGCCAAAGAUCACAGCUACGUCAAAUCCAAUCAUCGGUGGAGGAAGAAGAUUCGAGCAACCUUCCCUCUGAUGUUCAUCAAACCCUUCCACAGGAGUCGUCCUGUGGACAGAGACGGACCGGAGACCGUACCCGAAGCCGACUUUGAGGAGAUCACGGCAGUAGAGAUGGAAGCUACGUCAGCAGAUUCUCAGCUUUGCCCCGAGAGAAGUGAAAAGAGAGCUGAAGAAAACCCGGCGGCGUCGCCUCCAAAGACGCGUCUGAAGAUUUCUCUGGCUCAGAAGGAGAAGCUGUUAAACUGGGACGUCGGCGUCGCAGCAGAGGGAACUGAGCAGACGACGCGGCAACAUAAAAACCAGGGAUCAGCAGAGACAGAUAAGCCUCACGCAGACUCCAGCCAAACUCCGGCCUCUUCUCAUUCAGCGUUCCAGCUCAUAGCCAACGCCUUCAGGAGAACAUUUAGUGUGACCAGUGCAUCCAGCGGCGCCAACACCACAGUCAGAAUGAGACCCAAACGUGACGUCCUUCACAGACAGAGACCCAGGUCAGAGGGAACGUUCAGCCUCACCUCCCUCUUCAGCGCCGCGGCUCCGCACAGAGACGCGGAGGCGUGUAAAGAGCGCUGGGCGUCUGUAGGGGGCGACGCGUGGGGGGCCGGACGGGACCUGCCCUCUCUGCUGCAGCAGGUGUCGCUGAAGAACCGCAGGGACUCUGGAGGCGUGUUCAGUGACGACAUGGGCUCUCUGCCGCGCAGGAGGCUCGACCUGUUCUCCUCCCUGAGGCUGAGGAAGGGGGAGGCGUCGGAGAGCGAGGGGAAGGAGCCGGACGCCCAGAAGGAAAUCAGGACGCUUCUCACCAACCUCAGGAACAAAGCCUCCAGUCAACAAAAUGUGGAAUCGCCUUCAUCCAGCGACGAUGAAAAUGAAAACCUGCCGUUCACUCAGAAGCUGUGUCCAGAGAGACAGAGGAGGAAGCAGGAGAAGACGGUGGCCCAGCAGACCAAAAGAGACCAGCUGAAGAGACUCCACAGAGCUCAGGUGAUCCAGAGGCAACUGGAGGAGGUGGGGGAGAAGCAGAGAGACGUGGAGGAGAGAGGAGUGACGAUAGAGAAGGUCAUCAGGGGGGAGACCGAAUCCUCGUCCCUCGACAGCGACGAGGCCCAGCUCUAUCAGUCCUGGUUCAGACUCGUGCUGGAGAAGAACAGACUGGCGCGCUACGAGUCUGAGCUCAUGAUCUUCGCCCAAGAGCUUGAACUGGAGGACGCGCAGAGUCGCCUGCAGCAGGAGCUCCGGUGCAGGAUGGCGACAGACGACACAAAGAAGAGCGCCUCGGAGCUCCAGCAGGAGCAGGAGAUCCUGACGGAGAUCAUGAGGACGGUGGAGAAGCGAGACACGCUGGUCUCCCUGCUGGAGGAGCAGAGACUGAAGGAGAGGGACGAGGACAGGGACCUGGAGAGUCUGGUCCUCUCCAAGGGCUACGAGCUCCACUGGGCCCAGUCGGACGACAGCUGGGGGCCGGAGGACGCUGCGGUGUGAGCGGAGACGGAAACCAUUUAUUUUAAAAGCAACAGGACGCAGUUUUUUAUCAGGAAUAAAUGUCGCUCACGGUCUUCAGGCUCGUCGAUGCUGUAACCAUCACUGCCAUCCUUUCUUUUCACAUGGUUGUUAAGCAAUACAUCCACUAGAGGGCGGUGGUGUGAGAAGUUCUAGAAAUGAAGUGCUAAAUUUCUGCGAAACAGAAUUCUGUAUUCCAUUUUACUACAGUUUAUAAUAAGCGUAGGAACGGCGUCGUAAUGUGAUACACGAUACAUGGUCCUCAAUAGCAAUAACAUCGCGAUACAACGAUUCUGUGACAAUCAAUAUAUUGUGAGACGGAGCAUCGCUUAACGUAUCUUUUCUUUCUUCUUCAGCCAGGUAACUUCCGGUCAAGUUCAUUUGAGCAGCGCCCCCGUGAGGAGACAUGAAGUAGUGAAACCGGCAGGGACUAAACUACCGAUAUUUGCCCUGGUGUAUUGUUAUCGUAUUGCGCGAUUAAGGACAACGACAGCGACAUAUCACCAAAUCAAGUGUGAAGAAUCGGCGCUUUGUGACAGUUGUGACACGCGCGAUCGUCGCGGACCAUAGCACGAGCGAAAAUCAUCGAUUAUAAGAAAAAGUGGCAAAAGUUGUGGCCGUCUUAAAUGUCUCCCUCGUGUCCUCUGCUCAUCUCGCUGCAACUUCAGCCUACACUGCCCCCCAUGAUCUCUAUGGGUACUACAACUAUGUUUCAUCUGUCUCCUCGUUAAAUUUACAGUAUUUAAGAAUUUAACAUCAACCCGAUUUAUUUUAAAUAUGUGCGAAAAUGUGGCUACAAACUCUUACGGGGGCGGUUUCGGGGAGUUUGGGGCAAAGGUUUUUGACAGGAAGUAGAACUUUGCACAUUUGUACAAACCAAAUUGGGAUUCUGGUAGUGACGGGAAGUGCGACUACACUCCUUGUCGGCGACUACGGUGGCAUCCACAUACCAGAAUGGAUUAUAAACACUUUAUCGCAACGACUCUUGGCCGCCACCAAGCAAAGUCCCCGCCCCUUAAGUACAAAUAAAGCCCACAUAAUAUUGUAAAUUAUUUUUUUAUUUUAAAUGCGAUUAUAGGCUCGUACAUCAUCAAAUAUGCAGAGUAUAUUCCAUUUAUUUAGCGCCAAUAAAACCUCACAAUAUUACACACUGGACCUUUAAGGUCAUGUGUGAAUAUAAACCAAACCUGCUGUGUCAGCGUUUUUACCUUCACUGGAUGUUUUCAUUGUUUGUGUCAUUUCUUUACAGAGUUCUGCUUUGUGUGUGUGUGUGUGUGUUUGUGUGUAACUCACAGUCUUGUCACUUUGUAGCCGUUUUAUUUGUCGUUAUAUAUUUAACUUUUUUUCACUUUGUUCUGGAACAAAUAAGAGUUCAGUUGUAUUUACACAUGGACACUAAACGGACACUGAGGAAAUGUGGUUCUAUCAGCUUUUUUUUUAUAACACACGUGUCUGGUGUCUGUGACGUCACUGUGGCGUCCUGCUUUUCUGCUGCGUCAUGGUCAGAAAUAUGACGACUCACAGGUUUCCUUUAACUUUAACUACUGUCAUGUUCAACUGUGAGUGUGUUUACAAGAGUCUUAAUCCUGCGGAAAAAGGAAUAUUAACAUGUUGAAAUGUGAUACUUUGAUGAUGAAACAUUAACGAAACACUAAUUUAUAUUUUCAUGAUUUAAAACAAAUGUGAUUUUUUUUUUCCUCUUUGUAUUUUGGUUUUAUCCUGCUUCAGAUGGUUUGAAUUUUAUUUAAAAAAAAAUCUUUAAUAAAAAUGAAUUUAAC